AUGAAUCAGUUCUUAAACCUAAAAUGUGUUUUAUUUUAUUUUUUUUGUACGCAUUUAUUUUUUCUCCAUGUAAUAACUAAGCAUAAUUUAAAGAAAGAAAAAGGAUAUAUAAUAAGGAAUGAUUAUAAAUGUAAAAGGAAAAGGAAAAAUAAUAAUUUAAAAAAGCGAUCUUUUUUUAUAAUAUGUAAAAACUGUAGACCAAAUAAUAACAAAUUUUAUAUUAUUAAUAAUAAAGGAGGUGAAAAUAUAUAUAAUGUUAAAAAAAAGAAAGCAUGUGGAUAUGUACGUUUAAAUAAUGAGGCUAAUGUUGAAAAGAAUAAUGUUGUAAAUACUAAUAAAGAAAUAGAGAAAUUAUUAUUAGAUGUAUUAGAUAAUCGUAAUAAUUGGUACGAUUCAAAAUAUUUCUCUCCUGCAAAAAUUAAUUUAUUUUUAAGAUUGAAGGAAAAAAAAGAAACAUAUAAUGAAGUAUCAACCUUAAUGCAUUCAUUAAAUUUGGGUGAUGAUAUUUUUAUAAGAGCUUUGAAAAAAGAAGAUCAAAAUAAAUUAAGGCAUUUUUUACAUCCAUGUGAAUCUGGAGAUUUUUUGACAAUAGUAAGAAUGGAAGAUAAAAAUAGAGAUAAGGAAACAUUAAAAGAAGAUUGUAAAAUAGAUGUUAUUAAUAAGAGUGAUAAAGAUUUAUUUAAACAUAUGAAAGAAGAUAUAAUAAUUCAAGAACAUGAAAAAUUACCAUAUGAAUAUAAUGAUUACCCUAUAAAUAAUGAUAAUAUUAUUAUUAAGGUUUUAAAAAGAUAUAGAGAAGAAUUUAAUAUAAGUGACGAUAUAAGAUUUCUAAUACAUGUAAAUAAAAGAAUACCUAUAUUUAGUGGUGUUGGUGGUGGCUCAUCUAAUGGUGCUACUGUUUUUUAUUUCUUAGAAAAUAUUUUUUAUAAAUAUUUUAAAGGUGAUAAUAUAAAAGCAAAUGAGUUUUUAAAAACUAUAGGAAGCGAUAUAUCCUUUUUUAGUAGUUCUGGAUUUGCUUAUUGUACGGAUAAAGGUAAUAAUGUAACAGAUUUAAAAAACAUCGAAGCAAAUAUAAAAGACAAAGAUAUAUAUUUAUUUAAAAUUGAUGAAGGUUUAUCAUCAAAAUUAGUAUAUAAAAAUGUAGAUUAUAAGCGAAUAAUACAAUAUAAUCCAGUGAAUUUAUUAAAAUGUUUAAUUAAUACAUCAAAUGAUGAUAUAAUUAAACAAAUUGAAGAAAAAGAAAAAAAAUUUGCCAACACUUUUAUUUCGUUAGAUAACAGAGAUAAUUUACAAAAUGUAUUUGUUAAUGAUUUAGAGCACUCAGCAUUUUAUUUAAUUAAAAAGUUACAAGAUUUAAAAGAAUAUUUAAGAAGUCAAAAUAUGUUUGAUGUUGUAUCCAUGAGUGGAAGUGGGUCUUCUUUAUUUGCUUUAUCCAACAAGAAAACUCAAACCCAUGAAAUUUCUUCAUCUUUUCAAAAUGAACGAAUUAAAAAACUAAUAAGCGAUAUAAAGAUAAAAUUUAAUAUGAAUGUUAGGGUUUAUUUGUGUGAUGCUUUGCGAAAAGGUCUUGAUGUUUGGUAUGACCCUAUCAAGCUAGCACAUGAGUUCAAGUGA